GAGUACGGGGGGUUCCAAGGCACAUGAAGUGUGGCUGACAGCUCGCAGGGCCGGGGUCGGAUGACGACACACAGCACAGCAACACGGGCAGGCAGGCAGGCACACAGCUCAACCACAUCUCGAGAUCAUCCAUUCCGUGGGUCUUGAAGGUCGCAUGCCAUAUUGCUGUUCUCGACCUGGCGACUGUGCACAACUGCAUUCCCCUCAUCAAUAAUUCGAGUUGGGUGGGAUCCUUCCCUAUCUUGAAAGGGGAAUCUGAUACUCAUCGUGGCCCAAGGUUGCUGAGAACACGCUUACUCUCUCUGCCCCCCACCAGCACCACGAACAUCGGGCCGAGCCCAAGCAUGAAACCCAUCAUCGCCGUCCCGGCGACCCUCGCCCUGGUCUACCGGGCCUGGUCCCACAAGUCGCUCACGCCGCUCGGCAUCGUCGUCGCCGCGGGCACCGCCGUCGCCCACGCCGUGCACCCCUGGAACCUCCCCUUUGCCCUGCUCGUCGUCUUCUUCCUCGCCGGCACCCGCGCGACAAAGGUCAAGAAGGACAUCAAGGCCACCCUGACCAUCAGCGCCCAGGGCAGCAGCGGCGGCGAGGGGCCCCGCACCCACGUCCAGGUCCUCGCCAACUCGGCCGUCGCCACGGCCCUCGCGCUCCUGCACGCAUAUCACCUCCGCCAGGCCGCCCCCAGCAGCACGGACAGCUCCCAGUGCUUCUCCGCGGGCCGCAGCAGCAGUACCGCCAGCGCCGACGUCCUGGCCAUCGGCAUCAUCGCCAACUACGCCGCCGUCGCGGCAGACACCUUCUCGUCGGAGCUCGGGAUCCUGUCGCGCACCCAGCCGCGGCUCAUCACCUCGUGGUCCCUGCGCAAGGUGCCCCGGGGAACCAACGGCGGCGUCACGCUCUGGGGCCUGGCAGCCGGCCUGCUGGGCUCCGUCAUCGUCGUCACCGCGUCGAUGCUCUUCCUCCCCAUCUGUGACAGCAGCAGCUUCACCGUCGGCGAGAAGGCGGCGCUGUUUGGCGGUCUCGCCGUCUGGGGCGCCCUGGGCAGCGUGCUGGACAGUUUCCUCGGGGGCUGGUUCCAGCGCAGCGUGCGCGACGCGAGGACGGGCAAGAUUGUCGAGGGCGAGGGCGGCGUCAGGGUCCUCGUCGCGCCGCCCCGGCCGUCGUCGUCGUCCUCCUCUUCUUCUUCAAAGGGUGGACUCUCUGCUUCCCAGGAUGGCCUGACGGACCACCAGAACCAGAUCCCCGGCGUUACCUCGGCCUCUGGCAGCAGCACAACAGCAGCAGUAAUCAAGGACAAGCACACCGCGGACCUCAAGGCCCGGAUCGUCAAGGGCGAGGGCACGGACGCGGUCGAGAAGGUUCCUCUGGGGGAGGGAGGAGGAGGAGUCGGGGCGGCGGGACCCACGCGCGUCGUCGAGACGGGACACGACUUCCUCGACAACAACCAGGUCAACUUCCUCAUGGCCCUCAUCAUGAGCGUCGGCGGGAUGGCGAUCGCCGCCCGGCUGUGGGGUGUUCCGCUCGGAGACGUCUUCUCGCUUCGCUCGUGAAAGGAUUUAUGCAGGAGGUCGGUGGCCCGCCCUGGGGGAGGGAGGACGUCUGGAGUCAAGAUUGUGGCCGGGAAGGCUUGUUGAAGGAGAAGUUCCGGUCAGGGCUGGGGUACAGCGACCAGCACGCCCACGCGGGAGCUGGGCCGGAGUGACUUCACUGAACCACAUGUUGCUUUGGGAUCUGCCAUAAAUGCUGGGCGUGUUCCCUUAGGGACCGCGAAAUGACUGUACGAAGACAAUGACUGUGGCGGCGCCUUAUGCUUUGAGCAACAGCGAUAUCAAGACUAGAGACGUGCAUGCAAGCCAGAAGAAAUAUCUCGAUCAGUUUUAUGAAUGAUGUUACUCAAGAGGAGAACCAUCUCUGUAAGGCUUUUCGUGUCUCUAGUUCAUUAUCUAUGCAUUUCUGCGUGAUUAGCUGCCGGC